CAUUAGCGGAUCAUCCGGAUACCGUCUUCCCCAGACUCCAAGAAUAUUGGCUUCAGUGGAGUAAAGAAAACCCUAAUAAAUAAAACACAGACUGUGCUACCCAGCCUCUCGGUUGGCCGAUGCCCCCCUCGGUGUGCGCGGUGCAUGCUGGGAGGUGUGGGUGAUGAUGCUGGUGCUGAUGCUGAAUCAGAGCUGGUGCUGAUGGAGGGAGGAGGAAGAGGAGGAACAUGGUGCAGCAUCACCCGGGCCAAAAACGCACUGUGGAAUAAUGAGAACAUACCAAACCUGCCACUGCCGGACGCUCGUGCUGCCAUUAAACCCCAGGUGAAUGGCAGGUUGGGGUGAAUAUCUGGACGGCCGAUGCAGCGUGUAGGAGUCCACUGUGACGAAAACAUGAACGGUGCCGGAGAGCAGGUGGACAUCCUGCCCCAGAACUGCAUGGUGAAGGAGCGCUGGAAAGUGCUGAAGAAGAUCGGGGGCGGUGGAUUCGGUGAGAUCUACGAGGCGCUGGACCUGCUUAACCGUGAGAACGUGGCACUGAAGGUGGAGUCGGCACAGCAGCCCAAACAAGUGCUGAAGAUGGAGGUGGCGGUGCUGAAGAAACUGCAGGGUAAAAAUCACGUGUGUAAAUUUAUCGGCUGUGGCAGAAAUGAGAAGUUUAACUACGUGGUGAUGCAGCUUCAGGGGAGGAACCUGGCCGAUUUGAGACGCAGCCAGCCCCGGGGAACCUUCUCCAUGAGCACCACUCUGCGGCUGGGGAAGCAAAUCCUGGAGUCCAUCGAGGCCAUUCACUCAGUGGGGUUCCUGCACCGAGACAUCAAACCCUCGAAUUUCGCCAUGGGUCGCCUGCCGUCCACCUACAGGAAGUGUUACAUGCUGGACUUUGGUCUCGCUCGCCAAUACACCAACACUAACGGAGAAGUUCGACCUCCCCGGACGGUGGCGGGUUUUCGUGGAACUGUGCGCUACGCUUCGGUCAAUGCGCACAAAAACAAGGAGAUGGGACGUCACGAUGAUUUGUGGUCGCUGUUCUACAUGCUGGUGGAGUUCACGGUGGGACAGUUACCCUGGAGGAAAAUCAAAGACAAGGAGCAGGUGGGUCAGAUUAAGGAGCGCUACGAGCACAAGAUGCUGCUGAAACACAUGCCGUCGGAUUUCUACAUCUUUCUGGACCACGUGGUCAGCCUGGAUUAUUACACCAAACCUGAUUACCAGCUGCUGAUGUCUGUAUUUGAGAACAGCAUGAAGGAGAGAGUGAUCACGGAGAACGAGCCCUUCGACUGGGAGAAGACCGGGACAGAUCUGUCCUCCAACAGCAUACCCACGCCCCCUCAGCAGAACACUCGCCAAACCGCCGCCAUCGUCGGUGUGGUGAACGCCACAUCGAUCCCCGGUGAGAUACUGAGAGAAAACACGGACGACGUUCUCCAGGACGAGCACCUGAGCGAUCAGGAGAACGCUCCGCCUGUGCCGUCACCCGCGAGGCCCGGCGAAGUUGCACUAGCACCCCCCGCUGGAGAGGUGUGGGACGACACCGACUUCAACCGCAACAAACUCAGGAUCAGUAUCAGCAAGACCCAGCUCGCGGCAGAAGAGGAGGAGCAAGCCGAAGGAGCCGAGCCCGUCUCUCCCAAAGCCGGCGGUCCAGAAGCCCCCGGGGCUCCGGGGCGGCCCCUCAGGUACAAACGACCCAACAGCCCCGAAUCCGAUCACUUGACCGGCGGAGACGUGAGGGUGGACGGCUACGACAGACGUUCCAGACUGGACAUGGUGGGUUCUCCGUCCCGUCUGGUCCUCUCAUCUCAGCCGGCGCAGAUGAUCUCGGUGGACGGACCCCACGACGCCCACAGUAACGCCUUCAUCCGCUCGGUGCCGCUGGCCGAGGAGGAGGACUUCGAGGGGCGCGAGUGGGUGAUGAUCGACAAGGAGACGGAGCUCCGAGACUUCCAGCCGACCACCUCGGGGACCACGGACGACGAGCCCGAGGAGCUCCGCCCGCUGGACGACCACGAGGACAGGAGGAGGAGGGGCGAGCGAGGAGAGCCGGCGGUCGUCCGGCCCAAGACGCACCGCGGGGCGAUGGGAGCUGGCGGAGAGGAGGACGGGGCGGGGCCGAGCCAUCGCAGGAGGGAGUCGGAGCCGUUCGGGCCCCCCAGACAGGACUUGAUAGACUUGGACUCAAGAGCCAAGCGAGUCGACUUCCUGUCCACGGUGCUCAUGUUCGACAGUCAGAGAGAACUAGACGGGGCCUCGCGGCGCGACGGGAGCGACGGGAGCCCUGAAUGCGCAGCCUCCACGUUGCUCGCUCCACCUCCUCGCGAUCAAGACCAGGAGGAGGCGUCCCGUACCUUGGUGCUAGUCUCCGCCGGGAACGGAGCCGUGUCUCCCGGGGACGGGCAGGGCACGCUGGGGGCGGUGACGCCGCAGGCUAACGACGAGCUGGAGCGCGGGACCCUGAUGUUCGUCCUCAGGCCGAGCAUGGCCGCGACGGCGGCCGGGAGGUCCUCCUCGCCUCCGUUGGCGAAGGUGGAGCGGACGUUCGUGCACAUCGCCGAGACGACGCAUCGCAUAGUGAUGACGACAGGGAAGCAAACGCAGCGUGGAGAGAGGGAGGAGGAGCCGGCAGGGGAGGCCGUCGAGGAGCCGAAGGAGGAGACAGAGGAGGAGAGGAAGGACGGGAGCGUGGCUGAAGAAAAAGGGAGCAGUAAAGAGGAGAUCAUUUGGGAAAAGGCGCCCAAGGGAGAGGGAGAAGAUGGUCGAGAGCGAGAGGAGCAAGAGGAGGAAAAGAACGUGGUGGAUGAAGCGAAAAAAGAGAAAAGUACCGAGGACGAUGAAGACGUGGAAGUAGUAGACGAAGCGAUUCCAAACGAGAAGGAAAGACGUGAUCUGGAUGAGGACAAGGAGAAGGAGGUCGAUGAAGAUAAAGAAGCCUGCAGUCCUUCAGAAAAAGAUCAGGAGCCUGAACCUUCUCCUGAACCUUCUCCUGAGUCACAUGACGAGAGGCGAGAGAGUAAAGAAAGUCCGUCCACGGAACGUCAGGCGAACGACGAACCCGAACCGGUUCCUUCAGAGCAGCUCCAGAAUCGAGAAGGUUCUCCUCCGGCUGUGUUGGAAGUCGCGCCUCAGUCUCCGCAGCCGCGCCCACGGAGGCGCAGUCGAAUCCCGGUGCUCAUUUCAGAGGAGGAGACGGGAUCGGACCGGUCGUCGCAGACCAGCCCGAAGCAGUCGAGGACGCGUAAAAACCGUCAGCCUCAGCUAGCCCGUCUGGUCCUGGAGCGGAAACGGUCCACCCAGUCGACCACCGCCUCUGAGGAUGACACCCACCAAUCAGACGAGUCGGGCAGGCCGAGGGGAGGCGAGGGAUCGACGAGGAGCCGGAUUCCACGGCCGGUCACGCCGGUUAAGAGGCCUUUCAUCCAAUCAGGGAGUGAGCUGGUGCCUCACACUCAGAGAUCAGUCUCCUUUAUUCAGCCCAGUUCUGUCAACGCCGGGAUCCAAAAGUCAGCAAGCGCACACUCAAGCAUCCAUCAUCAGAAGCCCCGCCCACAGCUACGUACCUCCAAAACGCUCCCACCUCGCACCCCGCAACCAGCCGCGACGGGUCCCACUUCCUCUUCGGUUACCCGGACAGCUCUGCGCGGCGUCCCCAGAAACGCCGCCCCCCCGAACCCCCGUAGCGUCAGCAGCGCCGCUCGGAGUAACGCCGUCUCGCGUACUAACAGCCCCUCACCCCAGCGCUUCCGUCACGCCGACUCGCGCUCGCCGUCAGCGUCACAAACCAAAUUCAAACCCCAAGACUCGACCCUCAGGAGGGGCAAAGCGAACCCGCCGGCUGCACCGCCGAAGGGAAAGAGGGAGUCGGCCGAGGCGAAACCUAAAGGCAGAUAAUCACCGCACAUGUGAUUCCACGCUCUCCUCCCUCCGCCAGGACGGAAUUAUCCAUCACCCGAUUAUCUGUGCAGCAGGAUCCAAAACCUGGUCCACUACUACCAAAUUAUAUCGUCUUAUCAGCUAUAAAAUACAGAAUUUAACACAGUUGGUACCAAAUAAAUUCA